UUAAUUUGAACUUUCCAUUUGGUACAGCCCAUUCACACAUGCUUUCCCCGAAAUGUGCUUACGUCAGAUACACCCAUCACCCUUCAUGUGACACCAACUUAAUGGAACUUCCCAAGACAGAACGGCUGGAGCCUUCUCCAGGGCAUCUCAAAAACCGCAGGGGUGGUCGCCGGCUCUAGGAGUCGCUCCCGCCCGCUCAGAGGUGGCCCUCCCACCUCCAGUCACCGCCCUCCGGGGAGGGACACCCGCUGACCCCGCUCUACCGCAGGGGGCGUAAGGGACGCAGCCUCCCUCCGAGGCGGGAAGAAGGGGCGUGACGUCCAGGAACUCCCGCGUGACGUCGCACGGGCUUCAGGCGGGGCGGGUCCGGCCGCCUCCGAGCCCGGCCGGCGGCUCUCGGGCCCUCCCCCACCCUCGGAAAACGCGGGCUGCCCUCAGGGGCUAACUUUCCCGCUAGGCGUUUGGCAGCUUAGUGAGAGAAAGGCGACACAAGCCGGCGGCCGUCUCUUCACAGCCCCGGAGCGUGUCCGCUCCUCUGCCGGGGCUUUCGAGAAUCUCGAGGCAAUCUUGGAAGCCGUGAGUAAGAGGAAUCUCUUUCCCCGAACCAGAGCGCCGGGUCGUAGAGGCCAUUUCCGGUGUGGAGCUCCGCGCUGACCGAAGGCGUUUGGCCCGCCAGGUGUUUCAGCUGUCCAAAGACAACUUCAUACCUAUAUAAUGUAACUGAAAAGGUCAGAAAAUAUUAGCAAAUAGAAGUGUGGAGCAAGAUGAACAUCUCUGGAAGCAGUUGUGGAAGCCCUAGUUCUGCAGAUAUAUCUAAUGACUUUAAGGAUCUUUGGACAAAGCUAAAGGAGUAUCAUGAUAAAGAAGUACAAGGUUUACAAGUAAAAGUAAACAAACUGAAAAAGGAACGAGUUUUAGAUGCACAAAGACUUGAAGAAUUCUUCACCAAAAAUCAACAGCUGAGAGAGCAACAGAAAGUCCUGCACGAAACCAUUAAAGUUUUGGAAGAUCGAUUAAGAGCAGGAUUAUGUGAUCGCUGUGCAGUAACUGAAGAACAUAUGCGGAAAAAACAGCAAGAAUUUGAAAAUAUCCGGCAGCAGAAUCUUAAACUUAUCACAGAGCUUAUGAAUGAGAAGAAUACUCUACAGGAAGAAAAUAAAAAGCUUUCUGAACAGCUGCAGCAGAAAAUUGAGAAUGAUCAACAGCAUCAAGCAGCUGAGCUUGAAUCUGAGGAAACUGUUAUUCCAGAUUCACCAAUAACAGCCUUUUCAUUUUCUGGCAUUAAUCGGCUACGAAGAAAGGAGAACCUCCAUGUCCGAUACGCAGAACAAGCACAUACUAAAUCAGAGCACUCUGUUUGUACAAACGAAUUGAGAAAAGUUUCAAAAUCUUCAACUCAUCCACAACAUAAGCCUAAUGAAAAUGAAAUUCUAGUGGCUGACACUUGUGAUCAAAGUCAAUCUCCAAUGGCUAAAACACGUGGAACAAGCAGUUAUCCCACUGAUAAGUCAUCUUUUAAUUUAGCUACAAUUGUUGCAGAGACGCUCGGAAUUAGUGCGCCAGAAGAAUCUGAAUCUCAAGGUCCCAUGAGCCCUCUUGGUGAUGAGCUCUACCCCUGUCUGGAAGGAGAUCACAAGAAACAACCUUUUGAGGAAUCUAUAAGAAAUAAUGAAGAUAGUUUAAGAUUUUCAGAUCCUAAUUCAAAGACUCCUCCUCAAGAAGAACUGACUACUCGGGUGUCAUCUCCUGUAUUUGGAGCUACCUCUAAUGUGAAAAGUAGUUUUGGUUUGAAUACAACUUUGUCGCCUUCUCUCUUAGAGACUGGGAAAAAAACACAUCUGAAAACAGCACCUUUCAGCAGCACUUCUAAUUCUAGAUCAGAGAAAACUAGAUCAAAAUCUGAAGAUAGUGCCCUUUUUACACAUCAUAACCUUGGGUCUGAAGUGAACAAGAUCAUUAGCCAGUCAUCUUCUAAUAAGCAGAUGCUUAUCAAUAAAAAUAUAAGUGAAUCUGUAAGUGAACAGGAUAGUAUUGGGCAUAUUAAAGAUGCAAUUAGUGAUAAAGAUAAACAUGUGGUGUCCUUGAAAUCACUGGGGUGCAGAACAUCCAAAAGGAAGAAAAUUGAGGAAGAAAGUGAAGAUGAAGUAAGCUGCCCCCAAGCCUCUUUUGAUAAAGAAAACGCUUUUCCUUUUCCCCUGGAUAGUCAUUUUACUAUGAAUGGAGACUAUGUAAUGGAUAAACCUCUGGACUUGUCUGAUCGCUUUUCAGCUAUUCAGCGUCAAGAGAAAAGCCAAGGAAGUGAGACCUCUAAAAUCAGAUUUAGGCAGGUGACUCUCUAUGAGGCUUUGAAGCCUGUUCCAAAGGGCUCUUCCUCAAGUCGAAAGGCCUUGAGUGGGAGCUGUGAGCCAACCAAAGAUUCCCCAGAGGAGCCCUGUCUACAGGAGUGCAUCCCCCAGCCCUUGAGUAAAUCCUCUCCAGAUAAUAAAACACCAUUACAAAUAAAAGAAGAAAAUCCUAUCUUUAAAGUCCCUCUACGUCCACGUGAAAGUUUGGAGACAGAGAACCUCUUUGAUGACGUGAAGGGUGCUGGUUCACAUGAACCAGUAAGAAUAAAAACCAGGUCAGUCCAUGGAGCAUGUGAACUUGCAUCAGUUCUUCAGUUAAACCCAUGUAGAAUCGCUAAAACAAAGUCUCUACAAAGCAACCAAGAUGAAUCCUUUGAAAAUAUCCAGUGGAGUAUAGAUCCAGGAGCAGACCUUUCUCAGUAUAAAAUGGAUAUUACUGUAACAGAUAGAAAGGAUGGCAGUCAGUCAAGAUUAGCAGGAGGAGAGACAGUGGACAUGGACUGUACGUUUGUUAGUGAAACUAUGCUUUUAAAAAUGAAGAAGCAAGAGCAGAAGGGAGAAAAAAGUCCAAAUGGAGAAAGAAAAAUGAAUGAUAGCUUGGAAGAUAUGUUUGAUCGGACAACGCAUGAAGAAUAUGAAUCCUGUUUACCAGAUAGCUACUCCCACGUCGCAGAUGAAGAGGAGGAAUUGUCAGCUACCACAAAGAAACCAAACACUCAUGGCGAUAAACAAGAUAAAGUCAAACAGAAAGCAUUUAUGGAGCCAUAUUUUAAAGAUAAUGAAAGUAUUAUGCAGAUAUUCCAGCAGAAGAAAGAGAAAAGAAGCUGGCUUCCUGUUCAAGACACCGAUUCCGCUACAUUCCACCCAACACACCAGAGAAUUUCUGGGAAGUUGGCUUUCCUUCUACUCAGACUUGUGAGGCAAGAGGUUACAUUAAGGAAGAUCUUCAUCCUUGUCCUCGUCCAAAAAGACGGCAGCCUUACAAUGCAAUCUUUUCUCCAAAAGGCAAGGAGCAGAAGACAUAAAUGUUGAAGCAAAAACAGGCUAGAGAACAAUCUUUUUUCUUUUUAGUUAUUUAUAGCUAAAGUUGUUAUUAAAAA